AUGGAGAAAUCGCCGGAGUGGCAGGCCCAACUGCGGACGGCCGAGGAGGAGGAGCAGCAGCUGUGGGAAAACCCAGGGUACCCACCCACCUUGAGGUAUGCGCCCGAGCCCUGCAUCCCGCCGCCAGAAGUGCCAGAAGACUGGGCGUCCUCACCUCCGCGGUGGCUGCCCGAAAUCCCACCCACACCGCGGUACGAGGGAUCACCGCAGUGGACGCCAGCACGACCACCCACGCCGAGGUUCGAGCAGCCCCCACCGGAGCAGCAACUCGAACGCGAGCAGCCACCACCGCAGCAGCAGAUCGAACGCGAGCAGCCACCACCGCAGCAGCAGCCCGAACGCGAGCGACGCCAGCAGCAACAGACCGAUCCGCCGCAGCAACAGCCAGGGAACCCGACGGGACAACACAUCCGGACGGACAUACCGGCGGCCCACAUGAGCCACAGUACCCGGACGUUCGUGGCCGAAGGGGUAAGGUGGCGGCAACAGACGGUCGUCUGGACCUGGCCGGAGGGACCCGCAGAGGAGACGGCGGCGACGGAGGACCCCCGAAUCUGGGAAGAGAGUGGUCCCCGGGUGAGCCCGCUGGACCCCAGAACCCGCGGCAGACCGGAGCAUUGGGCCCCACCCACACCGAGCAUCGGACCGACGACGCCAAGGACAGGGCCAUGGACGCCAGCGCCAACAGGGAGCGCGACGGUAACCGCGGAGCCAGAUGAGCCGCUGGAGCGAGGACGCCCGUAA